AUGUUCAAAUCGGCAUCGAGAAUUGCAUCCAACAAGGUGGUGAUGCUGACUGUCGCCGGCGCUGGUCUUGGUGCCUCGUACAUUCUUUACCAGGACUCUAUGACCGCCAACGCCAUGACCGCAGCUGAGCACGGUCUUCAUGCUCCAGCGUUCGACUGGCCCCUGAACGGUAUGUUCUCUACAUUUGACCACGCUUCCAUCAGAAGAGGUUUCCAAGUUUACAAAGAGGUUUGUGCUGCCUGCCAUUCUUUGGAGAGAAUUGCCUGGAGAAACUUGGUUGGUGUGUCUCACACCACCUCUGAGGCCAAGGCCAUGGCUGAAGAGCUCGAGUACGACGAUGAGCCUGAUGACGAAGGCAAGCCCAGAAAGAGACCAGGUAAGUUGGCUGAUUACAUUCCUGGUCCUUACGAGAACGAGCAGGCCGCCAGAGCCGCCAACCAGGGUGCCUUGCCCCCAGACUUGUCCUUGAUUGUCAAGGCCAGACACGGUGGUGCCGACUACAUCUUCUCUCUUUUGACUGGUUACCCCGAUGAGCCUCCCGCUGGUGUUCACUUGCCUCCAGGAUCCAACUACAACCCAUACUUCCCUGGUGGUGCUAUUGCCAUGGGUAGAGUGUUGUUUGACGACUUGGUGGAAUACGAAGACGGCACACCAGCCACCACUUCUCAGAUGGCCAAGGACGUUGUUCAUUUCUUGAACUGGGCCGCUGAGCCUGAGCAUGACGACAGAAAGAAAUGGGGUCUCAAAGCUCUUAUCAUCACCUCUUCUCUUUACUUGUUGUCUGUGUGGGUGAAAAAGUUCAAGUGGCAACCAAUCAAGAACAGAAAGAUUACCUUCAACCCUCCAAAGAGACGUUAG